AUAAAAAGUAAAUAAAUAAAGUAGUAUUAAAAAUAAACAUUGAUUUUAUUUCCAAAAAUAUACGCUACAACGGCUCACGGGUUGUGAUACUACUAGUGACUUAGUAAUGGGCUCCGAUGAUCUCAGCGACAAAAUCCACAAAGGAUUUCAAAUCAACUAUAUGAUAUUACGCGAUGCGGACACCGGCGGCGUGAUAUGGCAAGAGAACAAGGACUUUUCUGCACCAGAUGUGGAGCACGAGGCACGUGUGCCUGUCAAGAUACUGGAUAUGCGGGCGGUGUCGCGAGAAAUCAACUUUAGUACCAUUGAGGCAAUGGAGAACUUUCGUCUCGACCAAAAGGUGCUCUUCAAGGGACGCAUCAUGGAGGAGUGGUUCUUUGAGAUGGGCUUCGUGGGUGCCAACACGACCAACACUUGGCAGAGCACCAUUGAGGCGGCGCCAGAGUCCCAAAUGAUGCCAGCCAAAGUCUUAAAUGGCAAUGUGACAAUUCAAACCAGUUUCUAUGACAACGAGACACUCAUCACAAAAUCGGUUGUGCGCUUGUAUUACAUUUAAAAGAAAAAUAACAAAAACAACAAAACUAAGUGACGAACACGCUUACUGACAGCAAGUGUGGCGCUGUGUGGGCGACCUCUGCCACCCACACACACACACAUACCCAGAAAUUCUCACACACACACAUAAAAAAUCAUUCAUACUGCCCGCUUGCCAAGGCCUGCAUUGCAACAACAAUGUUUUGAAAUAUUUGGCAGUGAGUAUAUACUAUAUUCUAUAUGGACAGAAAUAAGUAGAAAGACAAAGAGUUUCGAUAUCUUUGCCGCAUUUGAAUGCAAUUGUUUAUGUAGUGUUUUAAGCUAGUUAAUAAUAAUAUUAUUAUAUGCACGCAGCAACGUAUGAAACUAGACUUAUGCAUUUUG